AUGAAUAUAUAUAAUCAUGUUCUCUUGAUCAUUACUCUAAAAAAUAUCUAUACUUGUAAAUAUAUAAAUAAGGUUAUACAAAAUAAUAUAAGUAAAUUUAUACUUUAUAAAGAUAAAAGAAUUAUUUCAGAGUUUGCUCAUAAUAUAAAUAAAAAAUAUAAUUUUAGAAUAAAGAAAAAGAACUGUAAUAAAAUACAAGAGAGAGAAAAAAAAAAAAGAAGAUAUAUUUAUGGUGAGAAAAUAAAAAAUGGAUAUCCGAAUUUUAUAACAUUAAAAUUUUCAUACAUUAACAAUUAUAAUAUGAUAAAAAAAAAGAAUAAAGUCUUAUCUGAAGGUUUAUCAAAUAAAAUGAGAAAUGUAAAGAGAAUAAGAGAUAAAGUAAAAUUAGAUUCCUUGAAUGAAGAAAAUAAAAUGAAAAAUGUAUAUAGUAGUGUUAUAAAUAAUUCUCCUAUUAUUAUAAAAAAUUAUGAAAAGAGAUGGAUAAAACUAGAUGUUUCAACGAAUGAUUUAAAAUUAAAAUACUGUUUAUUAAUUGGGCAAGAAUUUUGUUUUAAUGAAGUGGAAAAAAAUAUGUAUAUUGGUAUAUUAAAUAUUAAAAAAAUAUAUUUAUUUAAAGAAACGGAAGAAGAUAUAUUUUAUCAAUGUUUAUAUGAUGAUGAUAAUGAUAGUGAUAAUUAUAAUGAUAGUAAUAAUAAUAUGACAUGUACAGGAUAUAGUAAUAAGGAUGAUAAGAAUAUCCUGAAGAAAAGAAAAAGUAAUAAUCAUCAUAAUGAAGUUUAUAACUUUUUUAAUUUACAUUUUCCUUUAAAUGAAAAUAUCGAAAUAUGGAAAAAAAAAGACCAAAGAAUGAAAGAAAUAACUAAUAAAAUGACAGGUCUGAGAAUAUUAAAAACGGAUCCUGUGGAAUCGUUUUUUUCAUUCUUAUGUUCAACAAAUAAUAAUAUACCAAGAAUUACAUUAAUGAUAGAUUCUUUAAGAAGACGUUACGGUAAAUUUAUUGCAACAGUCGUAUUUAAAAAUGGUGAUAUCAUAAUUAAGAGGGAUGAUCAAAAUGUAGAUGGCAAUAAUAUCAUCAAGUUAAAACUUGACGAUGAUUCCAAUGAGCACAAUGGGUAUGGUAUAAAUAUAAAGGGAGAAAUAAAAAAUGGCGAGUGUAAAAUAAAAAAUGAAGAGUUUAAAAUAAAAAAUGGAGAGUGUAAAAUAAAAAAUGGAGAGUGUAAAAUAAAAAAUGGAGAGUGUAAAAUAAAAAAUGGAGUUAGUCAAAUAAAUGAUAUAGGUGUAAGAAUUAAAAAAGAGAGAGAGAUAGAAAAUAAUAAAAGUUGUCGAGUGAAGAAAGAAAUGUUGGAUACAUAUAAUGCAGACAAUGAAAUAGGACAAGGGAACGAUAUUAAUGAUAAUGUAAACAUAUAUAAUGACACAUUAUCUGUCACAAAAGAAGAUAAGAGAAAUAAAAAACAAAAUAAAAUGUUCAAUAUUUUAUACAAAAAUGAAGUUAAUAAGAUAGAAAAGAAGGAUCUUGAAAUGUUAAGCAAAGAUAAUAAAAUAUUUUAUGAAUCAUUAAAAACAACAUUAAAAGAAGAGAGGAAUCAAAAAACAUUUCACUUUUAUGAAUUCCCCAAAAUACAAGUGAUAUCAAAAUUAAAAGAAAAUGAUUUAAGAAGUUUAGGUUUUGGUUAUAGAAGUAAUUAUGUAAUUGAAUGUGCAAAGAUGUUAGUUAAUAUGGGUGAAGAAGAAUGGAUAGAAAAUUUAAAAAAUGAAGAAAAGACUAAAACUUGUAUAGAUAAAUUAAUACAAUUUCCAGGUAUAGGUUUAAAAGUAGCUAAUUGUAUUUGUUUGUUUGGUUUAAAUAAAUAUGAUUGUAUUCCUAUAGAUACACAUAUAUAUGAUAUUAUAUAUAAAUAUUAUAACAAUUUUAUUGAACCCCUAAACAAAAGUAAUAAAAAAAAUAAAACCAUUAAAAAUGCAAAUGAUAAUAAUAAUAAUAAUAAUAAUAAUAAUAAUAUAAAGAAUAUACAAAAUAAUGUUCUAUCUAAUAAAACUAAUAUCAUUACAGAUAAAAAACAUAUAAACAAAAAAUUAUUAAGUACGACAAUUAAAAAAAAAAAAACACUAACAAAUUCAUUAUAUGUAAUCUUAUAUAAUAAACUAAGAAAUUUAUUCGGCCCAAAUUGUGGCUGGGCACAAACCAUACUAUUCGCUUCAGAACUCAAAAAAUUUAGUCACGUAUUCGAGUGA